UUAAAGCGGAGCUCCACCCAUAAGGGGAAGUUCCGCUUUAAGGACUGCUCUUCCGCUCCCCAUUAAGGAUUGGCACCUUUGGGGGCAGGUACCCGAAUUUGACAGGUACCUGCUCCCACUUCCGGUCCAAUCGCCUAGGUGAUCAGAAGUGGAAGGUAUCCUCCUUCCCUCCCUGUAGUCUAUUGGGACACAUGACAGGUCCCAGAAGACUACAGGACCAUUCAUGAAGCGAAGCGCUUCUCGCGCAUGCGCAGUGGGUACCCGGAUGCGAAGCCGCAAGCUAUCACAGCCGGGUGCCCACACUGAAGAUGCCAGCCUCUUGGAAUACAGGACGCCGGUGAAACGGCGGGACCGAGGGACAGGUAAGUGG